AUGGCGACCGCAUUGCCUAGGUCGCGUGCUCCGAAUAGCACAUCUGGAAGUACUCUUCCAGUUCUACCCGUCCCGAAGACGCGAAAGAGCACCGGUGGCUUAGCAACUCCCAGCGGCACUCCAGCCUCGCCCAGAAGUGGCCUUCGAGCACCCUCAGCAAACACAUAUUCCGGGCCUCCUCCGUCCCCUGCGCCCACCACGGCGCUACCGAUCCCAAAGAGCACUCAUGGAGUAAAUAGCGCUGGAAAGUCAAUUAGAAAAACUGUCAGUAUAAACUCGUUCCCUCAACCACCGAGGCGCACCGCAACCCACCCUCCGAGUCCCUUGUCUGGAUCGAUUACACCUGCGAGAAAGGCGCGCACCCCGCAACCAGCGUCCAAGUUAGCUACAGGGAGCAGCGCCCCGAGCUUAUUAAACGGUGGCGCAGAUGGCAAAUCGCUUAUGGGCGGCGCUGGUGCGAGACACUCAGAUGGGUUUAUUAGUGUUUCAUCUCCGCCGCAUAGUCGAAGUAGUUCCGCUCAGGAUUCGUACUCGACAUCGGCCACAACCUAUGAUGAUCUAGCCGAUGCGGCGGGUACUUCAACCAGCGACAGACAUAGUUCCAAAGGAAUUGAUGGUAAGGGGAACGUCAUUGUUAGUGUUAGGGUUAGGCCAGACGCCGGAGGCAACGGUAACAACAAAGCCGAAGGCGAAUGGAUGGUAGAUGGCCGUCGGUCAUUAGUAGCCUAUCGCGGCCGUGAGGGAGGCGAUUAUUUUUAUGAUAAUGUCUUCACGACACAUGACGAUAAUAGCAGAGUCUAUGAUCACAUUGCUAAACGCUUAGUUCGUCGGGUUAUGGAAGGAUAUCACGGUACCGUAUUUGCCUACGGUAUGACGGGUACUGGAAAGACUUUCUCCAUGCAGGGAACUGCAUCGUCACCUGGCGUGAUCCCGCUGGCCAUAACGGACAUUUUCUCAUAUAUCCGCGAAACUCCAUCUCGGGAAUUCCUGCUACGUGUCAGCUAUCUAGAAAUUUACAACGAACGAAUUCACGAUCUCCUAAGUAUGGCCAGCGGCAAUGGUGCUGGUGCGGGCGCGCAAGAAGAGAUCAAGUUACGGGAAGAUAGCAAACGAGGUGUUUAUGCUACACCCUUGAAGGAAGAAAUCGUCCAGAGCCCGACUCAACUCUUGCGAGUGAUCGCCCGUGGUGAUCAAGCACGAAGGACGGCGAGUACGCAGUUCAACGCCAGGAGUUCACGAAGUCACGCGGUCGUCCAGAUCGUUGUUGAGAGUAGAGAGCGCAUUCCUGGCGGCUCUGGCGCAGAGAGCAAACGCUCAGGCAUACUUCCAGGUGGUGUUCGUGUUUCCACACUCAGCUUAAUCGAUUUAGCUGGCUCAGAAAAGGCUGCCGAAUCGAAGGAACGCCGGGCUGAAGGUUCUCAUAUCAACAAAAGUUUGCUAACGCUAGGCACGGUCAUAUCUAAGCUUUCAGAAAACAAGGAAAGGGAGGGCAAAGGAGGAGAUAAGGAUGCAAAGCACCUACCCUACCGAGAUAGCAAGUUAACGAGACUUCUCCAAGGAGCCCUCUCUGGAAACUCGUUAGUGAGUAUUCUGUGUACAAUCCAGACGGGCGCAGCCAAUAGUGCGGCUUCCGCAAAUAGUCAUGCGACCGAAACGUUGAAUACGCUCAAAUUCGCUUCAAGAGCCAAGAACAGUAUUGUCAGCCACGCCAAACGAGCUGAAGAAGCCCUCGGCGCCGGUGGAGAGGGGGGAGCGAGAGUUCUCCUGGAACGUUACCGGAUGGAGAUUCAGGAACUCCGAAGUCAGCUGGAGGCACAGGCCAAGUCGGGUAACAACAAAGUCGAGGACGAGGAAAAGGAGAAAGACGAGGAGGAAGAGCUCGCUCGGAAAAAGGAAGAGGAAGCAAGACACGAGGAGCAGAUGUUGGAAAUGCAACUUGCACGCACGGCGCUGAAGGAGCGUAUCGAUCAUUUGAACCGAUUAAUCCUCAGCUCAAAGUCCACAGGGGUUAACACAGGUGGAACGUUUAGUUCGCUUGGAAUGCACCCUAGGUUUUCUCAGGGGUCUUUGCGAACAUCGAUUGCCACAUCCAACGGUGGCUACUCGAUACUGGAAAGACCGGGUUCUAUAAUUUCUUCGUCAUCCACCAUUGGUCGGAGAUCAAUCAGGAAACGACGCUCUAACCUAGAUGAUCAGGCGUCAAACGACGAGGAGGAUAGUAUAGGUGAAUACGGUGACGGCACGGCGUCCUUGCAGGCACAGAAUCAGGCAUUACAGGCAGAUCUCGCCGAUAAGAACCGAUAUAUCGCCACCCUUGAGAAACGUCUCUUACAAGCACGGCGUGCUAGCUCGUCACGGACCUCGAGUGGAUUCUCGGCGCCGCACAAGGGCAUUAUGGUCGGAGAAGAUCAUAGUGUUUCUACGCUGAUUAGGGAGAAAGACGCCGAGAUCGCGGAGUUGAGGGCGAGGCUCGAAGACAAAGACCGAAUGUUGAUAGCUCUGCGCAACGCAGCUCGGUCGAGGGAUGCCGCCGAGGGAAUUGAUACUUCGAGGUGCGAGAUUAGGUCCUCUCUCCUAUACGAACAGGCAGCAAGCCCACCGCCCCAAGGGGCUCUCCCUGAUCCACCAUCUAAAGGUCAGUCACCGAUUAGAAAAAGGACGACGAGUGUCGAUGAAAUGAGCCGUAUUUUGGAUGAGAUGAUCCAGGAUAGAGUCGAAGCGGGCCAACUCGUUAGGGGCGCUCGUGGCAGCGUUCAGGUGGCUAAUGAUGGAAAGAGCGAGAUCGCAGCCGAGUCGAAUCAUACGGAACUUGAACCGUUACGACAAAGCCCAACAUCGCUAUUAAACGAGUCAAAAGUCGUGCUGGAGGCGUAG